CUGACAGCUGUUGACUGGAAUUUCAAGAAAAAAAAGUUCGGUCUUCGGUCGUUUUUGUCACUGGACAAUCUUAUCUUCCUUUAUAGUAUUGUAUAUGAAUAUCCAGUUAAAAAGGUAGAAUUUUAUCGUUAUUUAUGUGCAAUAAGGGUGGAUUCAAGUCGUGCUGAGAGUUCCUGGCCUAAAUAAUAGUGCCGGCGUCACCAUGUCGGACGAGAGUCAUCCAAAAACACUGUAUGUAGGCAAUUUGGAUCUGUCAGUAUCUGAAGACCUGUUGUGUACCUUAUUCUCUCAAAUUGGUCCUGUUAAAGGUUGUAAAAUCAUUAGGGAACCAGGAAAUGAUCCAUAUGCUUUUGUUGAGUUCACAAAUCAUCAGUCAGCAUCCACAGCUCUGGCUGCCAUGAACAAAAGGUUGUUUUUAGAUAAAGAAAUGAAAGUUAAUUGGGCGACUAGUCCUGGUAAUCAACCUAAGCAAGAUACAUCAAACCACCAUCACAUUUUUGUUGGUGAUCUAUCUCCUGAAAUAGAGACUGAAACAUUGAGAGAGGCCUUUGCUCCUUUUGGUGAAAUUUCAAAUUGCAGAAUUGUGAGGGAUCCACAAACUCUCAAAUCCAAAGGCUAUGCUUUUGUAUCAUUUGUCAAGAAAGCAGAGGCUGAAAAUGCUAUACAGGCAAUGAAUGGACAGUGGCUAGGUUCACGAUCUAUCAGGACCAACUGGUCCACUAGGAAACCACCACCACCAAGAACAGAGAAGCCAGUUCAACGUGUGAAGCAACCUACUUUUGAUGAAGUAUACAAUCAAACCUCACCAACCAAUACAACAGUAUACUGUGGUGGUUUCACAAAUGGACUACCAGAUGAAUUAGUUCAUAAAACAUUUGCUCCUUAUGGGGCAAUCCAAGAUAUUCGUGUUUUUAAGGAUAAGGGAUAUGCAUUCAUCAAGUUUGUGACUAAGGAAAGUGCAACACAUGCAAUUGAGAAUGUACACAAUACUGAGAUAAAUGGCCAAACUGUUAAAUGCUUCUGGGGUAAAGAAAAUGGAGGAUUGGGUCCAGAUUCCACUGCUAUGCCUCCUGGUGCUGGAGUACCCCAAAAUGCUGGAACCCCAUAUCCUUAUGGGUAUGGACAAUACUGGUACCCUCAGGGUUAUAGUGGAGGAGGAUACAUGCAAGGAUAUCAACCAGCUUACCAGCAGUACCAACAAUAUCCUGGUGCCGGACAACAAUAUUGUGUGAUGCCACAACAAGGUCAGUGGACUGGACAACCAGUUCAACAACCGAAUGUACCUGUAAUGUAUGGUAUAUAUUAUAAUGCCAGGAGUGCCUCAAAACAAGUGAGUUGGUUGCCUGUGGUCCCUUGCAAACGUUGACUUGACAUUAACUCAAAUUCUGAAAACUUUUUUUGAACAAUUUUGGAAUUAUGCAGCUCACUUUUUCUCUGUUUCAUUUGCAAUCCAAUCAAGAAGUUAUAACUAUGUACUGGGUGGUCGUUUAAUUGUAAAAUAAUAGAUCAAAGGUUAGACUCGUCUCGUAAAAAUCUUGCGAGCAUCAAUACCGGAAGUGAUAUAAUAAAUAUGUUCUGUCAAUAAAAAGAAAUUUAGUAUACUUGCUACCCACCAAAUUCGAUUAAUAUUCGAUCUCCAAUGAUUCAGAAGUUACAGCAGUAGCCGUUUUUUGUUCGCUUCUCAGUAUAUUGAUUAAAUCAUCGCCCAAAACUGACAUAUUUUCUCUGAACAUCAUCUGCUGUGCUUCAAGUUAUCAGGUCCUAUGGCAGUAUUGAAUACUCCGAAGAAAUAAAAAAACUUUUUUUUUGUGACAUUUUAUCUCUGUUUUACAAAACGUCACUUUUCAUAAUAGUUAUUUAUGUAUCAAGGGCGUAAAGUAGGUGUUUAUGGCCUGUGGCGUGAAUAAUGGCCCGAUGGCGCUAGCCGAGGACCAUUACACGCUGAAGGCCAUAAACGCAUUUGACGCACGUAAUACAUACAAAAUUUUAUGCACAAUUGGUUUAUUUUUUGACUCAAAAGUAAUUACUAUAGAUUUCGAUCAACUAAUACUUCCCCGAAUUUAAUUUGUUACGGAUAAAUUCAGUAAUGAUGAUGAUAAAUUAUCGUACGAAUAUUGCAAUUAUCGUAAUAGUAAAACUCCUUGAUCUCUAGAAGUGAUUCAUUCUUCAGAAUUUUACAAUAUGCAUACCCAGUAUAUAUUCCUACCUAAUUGGUUUUUUAUGAAUUGAUAUAUGGAUGUAAGGAAACUGAGAACAGCUGGCGGUAAAGUGCACUUUACGGCCCGUGGGCCAUAAUGACGCGGGUGGUAAAAUGCAACUUAACGCCCGCAAAACCAGGCGGCAAAGUGCACUUUAUACGGCCCGCUAGUGCAUAAAAUACUUUUUUCCCACGGGAAAACGUAAGUAUUUUUUCCCGGAUAUAUAGGUGCACUGUUGCAAUGUCAAGAAUUAUGACACCUGUGGAAAAGGUAUCUAUAGCAACCACAUGGAUGUGAUGAUAGUCAACGGUUCAGUAAUGAAGGGUAAAAGUGUAAAUGAAGAAGUGAGCUGCAUACCCAAUUUCAAAUUAAUAAACUUUUACCUGUGUAUAGUCGUCUCCAAAAAACAUGUCGCAGAUGAACGGUGUUAGCGCUCUCAUUGCGGCCAUGUUAGAGAGAAAUCCAUCAUGUCUGACAUGUUCUCUGAAGAAGACUUUACCACACUACCUACCUACCUAUACCUACCUAAAUUAACAGAACAAUUUCGAUUGAGGUGCUUUCGUUGAUUUAUAUUUUUAUUUGUCCAAACGAUAUCAUUGUUAUAAGGAAUCAAUUUCUAUUGAAAUAAUCAUUCAUUUUAUUUUUGAUAAUUUACCUAGGUGAAGUUUUGCAAAGCACUACUAUAGUUCUGGGAAUGUGGACAAUAAUAUUUGAGCAUGGAACAAUUUUAUUCGAAGAAAAUCAUGUGAAUGUUUUUGACACGGAAAAUAGGUAUUGUUCGAGGUAUUUUUUUGCAACUUAGUUACAGUGCUAGUGGCUUCUAAAUUGGUUAUACGUGAUAUAAAACAUCAUAUUUUUCUGGAGAACUUGUAAUUAAGAAUGCAUGUGAACAGGCAUUCACAAAAUAUCUACUUGAAUGUAUCAUUUUUUAAACAAAAUCAGAAAGAUGUUCAAUAGAUAUUUUGUUGAAUCUGUAUUGAUUGAAGAAUAAAUGAUAGUCCUGCCGAUGGUUCAUUUGUAGAUUUUCGAAAUUUUAUGAACAAAGAAUGACUUACUGUAAUAACAGUAAAAUGUUACUGUUUAGAUUGAUAUUUAAAUUUAGGGUAGUUAGGUAUGGAAUGUAAUCUAUUGAGUGAUGUCACCGCUACCAAUUCCAAUUGUACACAAAGUAAGGAUGGUCUCAGUGAAUUAGAACAGAAUUUUAUAACAAAAUGUAAGUACAUAAUAACAAUUAUAGGUAAUAAAAACUUCAGGUCUGGG